UGGGAAAUUUGGCAUUUGUUCGGGUGUUUUCUCAUGAGAAAUUCAUCAAGACACUAAUUACUUCCCCGCCAUUUCAUGUCAACAACUAGUCUCUUCAUUCCCGCUCUGACCGUUAGUUAUUUGACCUUCCGAGACCCUCGUAAAUCAUGCCGCUGAGAUGCAGCAACAAACCAACCCUAGAAAUCCCUAUUCCAUGGAAAACAAAUCCAAGCUCCUUCAAUACCUUCGUGAAUCUUCCAUUGAGCUUGAUUUCAAUCAGCAGGAAGCCUGGAUGAGGGAAAGGUUGGAACUUGAGAUCCAAUCCCAAGUCUUUAAAUCUAUGGUUUCAGAGCUGCUCCAAGAAGAGAUCAGGAAAUCAAGAACUAUAUCUCAGAUACUUGAUUCUCUCUAUUUACUGAAAUAUAGCUUGCAAAGGAUUUAUGGGUGGGUCUCUGAAGAGGAAUUUGGUGGAAAAGUGGGAAAGGAAGAAAUCUUGGAGGAUGAGCUUGAUGUUCUGUUCUUAGAGAUGAGAUCUGUUUAUCAAUUUGCUUCUGUGGUUGAAUCGAGGAUUGCGAAGAGGGAGGAGAUCAGAACGAAGGAGAAGAUGGAGAUGGAUGAGAGGAUUAUGAGCUUGAUUGAGGAUAAUAGAGACAUUGAUGGCCUUUUGAGGGUGGCUAUGCUUGAAAAGAUGAACUUGGAGAGGACCUUGAAUAAGUUGAAACGGAGUGGAGAACAAAAGCGGGUGGCGAUCUUGCAAAUUGCGGAGAGAGGGUUGCAGAAAGUUGGGUUUGGAUUCAUGAUGAGUUCAGUGGCUGAGGAGCCUCCAGUGGAUAGUGCUAACAUUGAUUCUGGUCAGAGUGAAGACGAAGUUGUCAGUGUGGCUGCAACCUUUGAGAAAAUGAUGAAGAAUUUAAGGCUUGAGAUUGCUAACUUGAGAAGAUCUCUCGAGGAAUCUAGAUUAGAGAAUGAACAUUUGCAAAGUUUUAGUGGUGAGCAAGCGCAGAAGAUAGCAGAAAACAUGUUAUACAUCGAGCAUCUUGAAGAAAGGCUAAACACACUCGUUCACAACAUUGAUGAGCUCAUGUUAGAGGUAACCAAAGCUGAGGAAGACGCAACUAGAUGGAAGCAAGCAUGUGAAUUGGAAGUAGAAGCUGGAAGAACUGCAAUUGAAGAACGUGAUAGGGAGGUUGCUCUGCUUAAAGAAGAAUUAUCAAGAACAAAGAUGGCAUUGGAUGCUUCAAAUAACAAGAUGCAGCUGAAAGAAAGACUUGCAUCGACGGCGAUGGCAGCUCUGGAAGCUGCAGAAAUAUCUCGACGGCUCGCGGACAGCAGAUCAGCUGGGCUCAGAGAACGAAUUGAGGAGCUAACCAAACAGCUAGAGGAAGAUGUUGACCAGGGAAAAAAAGAGAAGGAUCGUGGUCGCCGGAGAUUGAGGCAUGAAUGCUGGCCAUGGAGAGUCCUUCGGUUCACACCUGCUGUUUCAUCAAGGCCAGGAAAUCUGAACCGGAUGAGAAGACUGCCAGAAAUGGAGGCCUUGCUGCAUUUCAUGUGAUCUAGUUCGUCAGGAUAGAACUCUUAUGAAGAUAUGUUUUCACAAGAAGUUUAGUCCCUUAUUACAGGAUGCUCUUUAACUCUACUCUAAUUGUCACUUUGUAUGUCACUUUUUUUAAUAUUCAUAACUUUCUUACGAUUUAUAAAGAAUAAGAUUACUGUCAAAAUAAUGAAAUAUGG